UUGCGCAUGCUCAUUGAACGCCAUAAUUCGAAAAAAACUCGACGAAAUAACAAUUAACCGAUUUUCGGAUAAUUUCACAAAUAUAACGUCUUGUGGGAGACGACGAUCGCAAUCAUGCUUUGGCUCUUUGGAGCCAUUUAUAAAUUCCUUGUCGAUUCGAUCGUCGACUUUGUUUUUUUCGUCCUUGUCGACGCGGUGGCCAAAACUCCUUUAAAAGAAGCAAGAACUGAAGAGGAGAAGCGAACAAUAUGGCUGAUGGAAUCCCUUGCACUUGGUGUUGUAUGUCUGUUGAUAUACAUGCUGGACCACACUCCCUAUGUUGGUCUAACACUCACCCUGACCACUCUGAUGUACACCCAACUGGCUGGGAAAAUUAAAAUCAGAACCUGCUGGCGCAACCUGUUUGAACGAUGGGAGGAACACCAGCAUCACACAGAGAAUGUUCAGCUGAUCAAUGAAAAACAGAAAUGUAUGGAGAUGUGGCGGAAAAUCAGCAUGCCUGCUCCAGUGAGCAAACCUGUGCUGAACCGCCUAACAGACUUCAUUACUCGCAAAUCAGAAGCAAAGAUGAACGCACCUGUCAACCCUGUGUUUUCAAUGAACAAAAUGUUUGUUCCACCGUAUCCUGCCCCAGAGACGCAGCAGAAUGUGGGUGGUAUGAAUCCAUCUGUCGGUGCAAUAAAUAACCCUGGUAUGAGUGUGUCUCCUGAUUUUUUACAAAAUAAUACUGAAAAACCAAAGGCGUUCGAGCCUUCCUCUUCACAAAACUACGAGUCUAGCCCAGCAUUUUCAAGCACACCAAAUUCAAAAGCCUCAAUUUUUCAGCCUGAUAGCUCUCCUAUAAGACCAGUCAGUAGCUGGUUAGGGAGAGCUGAUCUUAAACGUAGACCUCUUAGGACGUUUGAGUCACGCGAGAGUCCACAGUACUCCUUUUCAAAUACUCAAUCCAAUAUACGCAACAGAUUCAUGUCGGCAUUCGGAUACAAGGACAAAUCUCAGAAACCAGCUGGUUUAAGAAACGAAGGGCAAAACUUGUGUUUCUUGAACUGUGUGAUACAAUGCUUGUCUCGUACACCAGGUCUUGUGGACAAAUUGUACUGGGAAAUAAACCAUGAGCAGGAUUGUUCAGCGGCCGAGUCAGCCAUGAUUUCUGCACUCACAGAACUAAUGGACCAGUGCAAGAAAAUGCAGGCGGAUGGUGUGUUGGAUCCCACACAGUUUCGGGCUGCUGUUGCCCAGUUGAAUUCAGGACUUGUUGUUGCACCCACCGUCCGCCAGUAUCAGCAAGACACUGCCGAGUUCUUUAUGUGGCUGAUGGAAUCAUUGCAUAAUGCUUUAAAGAAGACACCUAACAAAGACGUGGAAGCUGAUUCAAACUUAGUGAUGUUGAAGUUUAUAUAUGGCGAUCUCUCUGACAGACGGAUAAGUGAUCUCAAGAAAGCAUGCAGGAGGGAGAUUGACUCAGCUAAUGGUCUCAACAACGACAGCUAUGCAGAGCCAAUACAGAGACUGUCGGACCUAGAAUGGCUGACCUACAAACAGUCCAACCACUCUGUGGUGGACAACCUGUUUACAGGUCAGCUGGUGGAGGCCUACCAUUGCCUUAUAGACAACCAUCUUACCGUGACCACACAGACUUUCAACAUACUGCCCGUACCUAUUGUGUGUCCCCGGGAUCUCUCAGGGCUUGUCCACCUGGAAGAUUGCUUCACAAAGUUCUGCAAUGUUGAACAUCUAGCAGGGACUGAGGGCUUUCAGUGUGGUCAUUGCAACAAGACAAACUCAGUAGCCAAUCACUGCCCUCCGUCAGGGCAUCAGAAAAACUUGAGAUCCAAAGUUGUGCAAAGUUCGCAAGGCAGCGUAGACUCAGCAUUUCAUUCCACAUUGUUGUCUAAUUCAUCAUGCAUGUCCCCCAUACCUCGACCUGAUGGCUUAAAUGAUAGUGGUUUUCAUGACAAUGUAUUUCGGACGUCCACACCCGUAGGUGAAGGUUCAAGGUUUGUGUUCGCCUCGCGGAGUAUCCGAGAAAUUGAACGGCGGUGCCUGUUGCGUCAGCUUCCAGAGUGUCUUGUUAUACAGCUCAUGAGAUUUUCGUACAAUCAGUUCACACAGCAGAGUCGGAAAAUAAAUUCGGCAGUCAGUAUUCCAGUGAAAGGUCUCGAUCUCACAAGCAUCGUGUAUGACAAUGUGACAAAUAGGGAGGACAUGUCGCCUGGGCAGAGGGUGAAGAAGUAUGACUUGUACGGGGUGUGUGUUCACCUGGGGGCCGAGUCCACCAACUUUGGGCAUUAUAUCUGUUACUGCCUUUCUGAAAACGGAAUAUGGUACAAGUUUGACGAUGAGCUGGUAUGGGAGGUGAACAUUGACUACGAAAUGACCACCAGGGAAAUUAGGGAAAAUGCGUAUCUCUUGUUUUAUAAAAGGGCAAAAGAUGUAUGAAGUGGCAGUAAGUGCCAGUCAUGGUGUUAGAGUCAAAAUGUAUGCAACGGUUAUGCUGCUUUAAGAGGCAAUUUCAGAUCAUCUGUUGAAUGGUUAAAUUGGCAUGUUUGCCAUACUGCAUUGAAGUUCUGUUCAUUUGUAGGUUGUAUGAAUCUUGAGCGAUUUAUAUGAAUGGUUGUCAUUGAAUUAUUUGGCAAAAGGAAGGUGGCCAGCCUUGUCAACCAUGCUUUUAAAAUGCUUCAUAUAUUUUAUUUUAUAGCAUAUUGAUUUUUCAACAAUCAAAAAUUAAGUAUGAACAUGAGGGAUGUUUAUCGUAACAUUUUAUAGCUAUGAAUUAUGUUUACAGGUAAUAACAAUGAAUCAAUUAAAUUGAAUGGAAUGUUUUUGAUUAAAAGCAUCAGGUGAAUGUUAAUCAAGCUUGGCAAAUAAGUGUGGAUUACUUGUAGGCCUUGGUCUGCGAAAAGGGCGUUUGAUGCAUGUGCUUAAAGUGUCAAACCCAGAUUAGCCUCUGCAGUCCACACAGGCUAAGAAGAGACGUCUAUUUCCGCUUUUAUUGUAUUUUUUGUUUAAAGGAAGACUGUUCUAGACAAAAAUCCUGUUUAAGUGAAAAGUGCUGUCCCUAACAAGCCUGUGCUGACUGCACAGGCUAAUCUGGGACAACACUUAUGCUUGUGCAUUUUAAAACCCCCUUUUUACAAAGCGAGGCUCAUUUGUUUUAUGAUUAUGUGUUCUUCACAUGUACAUGUUAUCUAUUGCUUUAGACAUGUAUUAUUUUAUCCUGUAGUUACAACAAACAUACCCUAAUUGUUUAUAAAUUUCACACUUUCAAUACAUAUUAUUUCUGCUAUGUUCAACUUUAAUGCCACAAUACAAGCCAUUCCUCUUACAUUAAUGAAAGGUUUAAACCAUGGACCUUUGCUUGUUUUCUUUCCAUAAUAAACGGUAACUGUGCAGCAUUUAGUUUUGUUAUGGCAUCACUUUAACUUACAUCUUACAUGGAAUGUUUUUGUGGUUUUGACAUGAUGAAUAACUUAUAGGUGGAAUAUAAAAAAUCAAGCUAUAAUAUACUUACAAAAAAGUAGGCAUUGAUCUUUUAAAAUAAAUUGUUUUAAAGUUCUUAUGCCUCCAUCUGUUUUACUUUAGAAGAAUAUGUACUUUACAGCGGCUUUUUUUAUGUGCCUAAUUUGACAAGUACCAGUACCGCGCCAAAGGAAAAAGUCGGCUCAAAACCCCUGAAAUUUGGAACAUUGGCAUUUUGAAAUCUUCAGAUUUGGGAAUUCUGCAAGGUACUUAAUUGCACAAAUCCAAUACAAUAAUCCUAACAUUCAUGUUUGCUGAAUACCGGUAUUCAGUUUCAGAGCUCUUUUUUUGUUCACUUGCAUAUACGUGUAAUGCACUUUGGAACAAAACUGAUAUUUUGUAAUUUUGCCUCGAAUGGAGAAGUGCCUUUUAGGUGUGUUUAUAAAGAAAGAAAACAAUUGCUGUACAGAUAUAUCAGGCCGAUAGGGUACUUUUUUUCUACAUACAUGUAUUUUGUUGUAGAGCUGUUAUCAUAUUUAUGGAAUACUUCACUAAAAGAUUUUCUCUUAAAAUAAACAUAACUGUGUCCUAUAAUGUAUGUUGUGGCAACAGAAAUCUAUUAAUUGUUCAUGUUAACAGUAAGAAGUUAUUUAAUGCUUUUAUCCAUUGAACACCAAUCUGAUUAUAAAAUGACACGAGCUCAAGUGGUUUUAUCAUGUUGCUGGGCAUUUAUAACAAUGUGUACUUUUAUGAAAUAAGAUAGUCAAAAAGUCAGGAUUGUGUGUGUGUUUGUGUGAGACUUAAAAUGGCAAAACCUUGGCAGCUUUCAUAAGAAGAGUGAAAGAAACCCAACUAAAUUAAGCCUUGUAAUAAUGCUUAUUUAAAGCGGGUAUAUACGCUUUUGUCAAAUAUUUAUGAAUUUAUAUAAAAUGUGUAAAAAACUUAUUAUAUAUAUAUUUCAAUAUAGAUUAAAAUAAAAGUUAAGAAGAACAUGUGUCGAAAAAUGCGAAAUAAGCCAGAUAUUUAAUUCUGAAAUUGAAAACGGCUGUACAGCCGAAUUCGCCAGCAUGUAAACCAUACAUGUACGAUGUGAAUCUAAACUUAGUGUAACGGUUUAUUUGAAUUCCUGCAACGAUAUCUAUUCAUACGACACACGAACACUAACUCCGAUCCUUAUACAAAGACGAAUGCUUCGGUUAUUGUAGGAAAAUAUUUACGUCACAAUCGGAUUGGGGCGCUAAUUUGUCUUUGCUGCAUUUUAUGAAAUUCUGCUUUAAUGUAUAAUUUUUCUUGCCCAUUUUAUGUUAUUGUAACAUAUUUUAUCAAUAUAUUACAAUUAAACACAUAAUCGUAUAUACCCGCUUUAACACUUAGGGCAAAAAAUAUUUAAAAAAAUUAUUAAGCGGGACUCUGGGAAGACAGAAAUUGUCAGGAACUAUGAAUUUUUAAUAGAUAUAUAUGUAUCUGAAAAAGAAAAAAAAACGGUUUGUUUUGGAGGGUUUGUUUUGUUUUCAUCGUACCUAUGCUACUUUGUUAAAAUUUUGUACUUUAACACACUUGCAUUUGUAAUUAAUUUAUUUCACAUGAGUGAAACAUUUUUUGUAUAUUUUUGUAUAUUAAAUAUGAAAUACC